UGAUUGACGCCGAUUGAUUCCAGGACAAACUGUUCUUCUGUUGAAGCGCAAUCAGUCAACACGGACUUCCCAGUGACAGGACACAGAUCAUGCACGUGAUGAUGAGCUACAUAAGAAACGGCGAUGACUGUAUAGUAAGCAGAAGGGUCACUCGAAAGCAACUGGGGCUCGUUUGUUGAUUGCAAACACACAGACUGCGCGCACCGAGACGCUCUUCCCCAUCGGUGGCCGCAUAGUUGUGUGAUGAGUCAGGAAUGUGGUUGCAUGCCUUACACAUGAGCUAUUACUGAACACAGGCCCCAGUAGAGCACAGCCAGUGCGCUCGCUCAUUCACAGACGGGAGGGAGCGCGGGCGCGCGAGAGGGAGGAGGCUCAACAAUAGAGAGCAGGAGCGCGCAGAGCCAGAGUCAGAAGCGAAGAGACGCGCCAGAUGAAACAUCUCCUCCUGUGAUCCGUGUCCAGCGCUCGUCUGAGCUCCGAGGGGACUGUGGAGGUCUUCUGCGCGUUGACCUGGUGAUCCCUCCUCCGCUGUGGACAGACAUGCACGAGAGCGAGAUGAGGCUGAAGAUGCGCGUGAGGCGCAUCAAGGAAGGGCGAGAUCUGAGAGGUGGCUUUGCAGCUUUCUCUUCCUGUUUUCCUGAGCUGUGUGAGAGUAAACCAGCCACUCUUCCUCCUCUCAGCCUGUCUCAACCCUGUUUACCCGUGGCCAACAUCUGCCUCACCCGCAUCCUGCCCCACCUGUACUUGGGCUCCCAGAGAGACGUCCUCAACAAGGAACUGAUGACUCAGAAUGGAAUCACGUAUGUUCUCAAUGCCAGCAACACCUGCCCCAAACCUGACUUCAUCAGCGACAACCACUUCAUGCGCAUUCCCAUCAACGACAGCUACUGCGAGAAGCUGCUUCCUUGGCUGGAAAAAACCAACGAGUUCAUAGACAAAGCCAAGGUGGCAAACUGCAGAGUCAUCGUCCACUGCUUGGCUGGCAUAUCCCGCUCAGCAACCAUUGCCAUUGCUUACAUCAUGAAAACUAUGUGCCUGUCUUCAGAUGAUGCCUACAGGUUUGUGAAGGACCGUCGGCCAUCAAUAUCUCCAAACUUCAAUUUCUUGGGUCAGCUGCUGGAGUUCGAGAGAGGCUUGCAGAUGAAGGGUCUACCCUGUGACCCUAUGAGGUUAGCAGGGAAGCCGAGUAAAGAGGUAGCAGAGGUCCGAAAGAUGGAGAGCGAUCGCUGCGACCAGCGGACUCCACAAGCUUCAGAGAUCACCCUAAAGCCUCCAUCACCUACCUCGCUGCAGAAAGACCUAAGCUCCCUUCACCUGUCCACCGACCAAAUCCUUCAAACCAAACGGCUCAAGUGCUCCUUCUCCCUUGACAUCAAGUCUGUCUACUCGUCGAACCAAAACCAGCAGUCUUCUCCCAACUCCUCAUCGGAUUUGGAAAAUAUGCCCAAACUCUGCAGGCUUGACAGUCUAAAGAAUAGCAACGGGGUAUGCAAGUACCCUUCAACGAUGAACCACCCUAGCCCUACGGAGUCACAGUGUACUGAUAUGACUAGCAAGUCCAGGAUGAGCCAGCGAAGUGAGAGGUGGGAAAAUGGUGGCUUGGAGAGGUUAACUCUUUCCCUCCAACUGAAGCAGGGCAACUGUGGGCCAAGACCCCAGGAUCCCAUUUGCAAGACCAACUUUGAGGUGCCUUCUAUCCUCAGCUUGCCGCUGGGUACAUCUGCUUCUUGGACCAUGCAUAGAGGCUCGAAUGAAGCCACCACCCCAAUCACACCCACGGGUGACUGCCCUUGGUUCUUGGGCACUAAUUUGACACCAUCUGGAACGGGGAGCUCCGUGCACUUUGGCAGCGGUCCUGCCGGCACGGCUUACAGUUGCAGUGGCCAAGCUGGCAACUCCAAACCCAGGGACAAAACGCCAGAGCCGCUGGACUUUCAAAGACACCGUUGGCUCGAGGACGGGAAAGCAGUAGUGUGCAGUGUAUCACAAGUGGACACGAAGUACAAGCGCCGCAGCUGCCAGAUGGAGUUCGAAGAGAUUAUUAACACAACUCAAAGCGGCGAGGAAUUUGGGAAGCUGGGCAAGCAGUCCAGUUUCUCUGGCAGCAUGGAGGUCGUCGAGGUAUCCUGACAAAGAUGACAAUCUAACUCCAGGAAAAGCUGUUUAUUUAUUACAGAGUUCUGUUGUUAAAGAGCUUUGCAUCUAAGAGAGACCCUUUUCAAACUAGGGUUGAAACGGUGUAGCUUAUGUGUACAAGGAUACACUAAAGAUGCGAAAUGCCAAUUUCUCUGGUAUGCUGCUGGACUACAAGAGAUUUUAAGGAGCUUGUAGACUUUGACAUGCACUCACACCAAAGACCUCACAGAGUGACCUUUUUCUUGCAUGUCAUCUCAAAAUGAAGGAGCACGAUGGAGGAUAUCCAUCUAGCAUGACCACAUCAAGACACUAGACAUGAAGGAAUGAAUCAGAUGAGUGUGUUUAUGCUGGUUUUGAUGCAAAUUAGGGCAGUCACACUUAACAGUGGCUUCCGAGGAGGGACUGUAUGUAUGCCCAACUCUGAGAAGAUGUAAUUCCUGUGUGAUGUUUAUUAUUCUGUCAUUGCCCAUUGUUCUAUUUAGCUAUGAAUUGAGUAAAUAAGGACAGUUUCAUUCAGUAAUUUCACUAUUCAUUGUUAUGUGUGAUAAAAGAGUGGAAAUAUGAAGUGUAUGUUCGAGCUGAGGUUCUCUCAGAUCUACUACUGUGCACUGAGCAUGCUCAGAACGGCUGGCUACCUACAGACAGACAAGCUGCAUCCAGCAGCACUAUGUAUUAAGCUGUAAAUCUAGACAGAUUUACAGUACAUGUGUAUGUAAAAUAAAUGUACUUCAACUUAAAUGGUCUAUUUAAAGUUUCAUGCAUUUUCGCUUUAAUUUAUUGUAUGGGAUUCAUUCUGGCAAUGAGCAAUAAUAUAUUAUUUGAAAACA